AUGCCCAAAUCCUGCACCGACUGUCAAGACAUCCUGCGUGCCAUCGAUCAGAUCUUCAGCGAUGGGUUGAAUAAAAAGCCCGGAUCCGAUCCCUUCAGCCCCUACGCAACAGGCCACUUCACCAAUGGCAUACACGGAUGGAAAAAGGCCGCAACCCAAGGGGCUUGCACUCUUUGCAGAACCAUGUACUUCUCGCAUCAACUCGAGGCACUGGGCGGUCAUGCAGGUACCUCGACAUGGGGUCAAAGGUCUGCAAAGUCAUUGCGUGACUGGUUGGACGAAUGCAUCACAUCCCAUGAUGAAUGCCAGACUGUGCCAGACUGUUCGCUCCCAAUGCGACUCAUCGAUGCGGUACCGUCUGGCUCCGGCCCUAAACCCACUGUCCCGAUCGACGACAUAAACGCAUUGUCAAUCGAUGCUAUGCCUCACGUCAGGGUAUUCCCAACAAACACAUUGCCCAAGGACACUCCGUACCUGACUUUAAGUCAUUGUUGGGGAAAGUCUGUACCCAUCAAGCUUUCGCAUAAGUCACAGUCUCUCUAUGAGAAGCGAAUCCCGAUAAAAGACCUCUCAAAACCUGACGCCAAGGUUUUCCGAGAAGCUAUUUGGGUUACUAGAUGUCUAGGAUAUCGUUAUCUAUGGAUUGAUGCGCUGUGCAUCAAUCAAGAAGACGACGAUGAAAAGGCGACUGAGGUCGCUCGAAUGGACCAAAUUUACAGCGGAGCAACAGCAAAUUUAUCUGCUACAUCUGCAUUGUGUGGAGCUGAAGGUAUGGUUUUCACAAGACAAAAUAAUUUGUACGAACUGUUUCCUUGCAACUGGAAGACAGUGGAAAUAGGUCAGGAAAAAAGCGAUUACCUGGUGGCAUGCGUGGAUGAGAAUGAACUCAACGAGGAACCAACCAACAGACGGGCUUGGGUCUUUCAAGAACGCAUUCUUGCACCGCGAGUCAUCCACUUUUGUAAAAACAAGAUAUUCCGUGAAUGCUCCCAAGAACAGAUGGACGAAUUACAAGACUAUAGCCCUUGGAUCAAUAUUCCCAAGCAGGUCAGCCAAGCACAUGUCAAUCUUAAUUUGUACAAGGGCUUCGAUGGUCUGGAAGAAGAACAAAUUUUGUAUCACCAAUUUCGUUAUCGCCUAGAACUCUACUCGCGCAGCGCUCUUACUUUUCCCCAAGACAGAUUGCCAUCAGUAGCUGGUGUCUCCAAGGCUAUUGGCAAGUAUAUGGGGCUCGGCGAAGAUCAGUACUUUGCGGGUCUGUGGAAAAAUGAUCUCCCAAAAGCAUUACUGUGGCAAACCGAGUACACCCAGGGGUAUAGGAAUUGGGAUCCUGAGCAUGUUGGCUACAUCAGCCCGUCAUGGUCUUGGGCUGGAUGCGAAGCACCUGAUAUACGGCAAAAGCUUGAUACUCCACCUUUCGAAGACCUAGUUGAUGUUAUCAAUAUCUGGACGGUACCCUCGAUAUCUGGGGGCAGUCGGUUUGGGAAAGUCAGUGACGGUGGUUUAAUCUUGAGAGGCCGUCUUUUCGAAAUUCAUCGCAAGAGGAUUGGUGACGGGUUCUUGAUAUCCAUACAAGACGGUGAUGUCGACUUAAAGGAUGAACUGUACUUCGAGUCCAGAUCCCUACAAACCACCCGUGAAACUGGAGAGAGACCUGAAGGAUUUCUGAAGGAGGUCAACAUCUACUGGGACAGAUACUUGAGAGAUCGACAGCGUGCCAGUCUCCCAUCAUGGCAAGUUGACGCGUCGCUAAAUUCUGUUCCAUGGGAUACAGUCGACCCAGAGACCUUGUAUUUUCUGCCGAUUAGCCAAUUUCAGUAUGAAGAGCGAGCGAGAACUCUCAUUCACAUGACAGGACUAGUUUUGCAACGUGACAACAACACUGGGAGAUAUACAAGGGUCGGGCUGUUUGACACUGAGGCCCCAAAGUGGGGUGGGUUCGACCAUGAGCUGAGAAUGCGUUUAUUGAAAGGUACCAUGGUAGAACUGACAAUUAUCUAA